AUGACCACGGCCAGUUACGAGGCUCAGACUUAUCCGCGCCUCAAUUUGAAAGACUUUACAUUGGAUGAAAAUAACUUGGAGCGCGACUGUCCACUCGACAAUGGACGCCAUCAAAAGUUACCAGAGUACGACCUUGGAACGCUGGACUCCCUGCCCCUUGAGAUUCUUCAGGAAGCAAUUUCCUACCUGGACUUCGACACGCUGGCAGCUCUCAGACGCGUCAAUGCUAGAGCAAUGGAAGUAGUGGAGUCUGUGCCUGCAUACCGCGCAACUUUACAGCUUUGUCCUAACAUCGUCCGAGGGCUCUAUAGCAUCCACUACGGCGCCUACGUUUCCUUGAACACGCUCUGGAGCACUCUCGGGAGAGCUAGAUGUGAAGAUUGCGGCGAUUUCGGUGGCUAUAUCUACCUUCUUACCUGUCGGCGCGUGUGCUUUCUGUGUUUCCGCACGGCAUGCAGAUUUUACCCAUUGCAAAUUGCAGAGGCUUCCAAGCAAUAC